AUGGUGAACCCACGCAUUACACCUCGACGCACUGAGUUCCCCCGUCAGGUACCGGCGGACUCUUUGCUUGAGACUAGUGAAUCGGAACUAGCACUCAGUAACUUAGACGCUUUGCGUCUUAAUGCUUUAAAACUUGCCCCUACGCCAACUAGUGCGGAGGAGCUGCAUCGCAUGUGUAUUCCUCGCCCUCAUGCGAUAGAGCGCAAGCACCUUGCCGAGGUACUCGAUGAGCUUGCGAAAGACGACCAACCACAGUUGUGGAAGGACGCACGUCAGGCUCGUCUUCUUCAAGAUUUUAAGCUGAUCCCUAAUGCAGGGAUCCUUUUUACGUGCACGGCCUACGACACUGCUUCUAAACUCAGUUUGGUCAAGCUAAAUGCGUUUGGUUCCCAAAUCCAAGUCGCACGGUUUUCGAAGUGCGGUUCUCGUUACUACGUUGAUCUGGUCCGUCUGCCUGACGAAGUCACGGACCGCGUGAUUUUUGAUUGGUUUGCGGAACAUGAUGCACCUCCGACGUGUGUCCUAACCACGUUCGUGCGAAACGGUCUUCCAUCGCGCGAACGUACCGUUUAUUUUGGGCAAGAUCAGGAGCUUUCUGUCGUGGUCCCUUCUCAAGACAAUCCUCUUCGUGAGAUUGAAUUUUCAUCGCCGGACGACGGCAUGGUCAAGUUUCGUGCGUGUUCGUCAACCACAAAGUGGCACGUUACAACCGUGUAA